GCGAGCAACUGCGAGAGAAAGGAACAAUUUCUUUGUCAAGCGUUGACGCAUUACGAAUAAGGAAAGACGGCACAUGAAUCACGGCGAACGGAUGCUAUUCAGUCCAGCACAAUUUCAGCGCUUCAAUUCCGGCAAAGAUGGUGAGAGAUAAAGGCAGAGAAGAUCGAAGUGAUCGGAGAAGAAAAGCAAUUACAAGAUGCGGCGAAUCUCGUAAUGAGAUUUUGGCAAUUGGCAUUAACACUACCGCUUAGAGCCAUGAUAAAGGCGGGCGAUCAGACGCAUAAAGUAGAUGCGGCCAAUCCUCUCAUUUGCCGUGUGAGACUGUGAGCUUGAUCGUGGUUGGAGGAGAAAGUUCCGGAGAGGUUAGAAACGCUUUGCAGCUGCAUACCAAUUUGCUGUUGAAGAGGAAUCAGACAUGGCUAAUGCAACUCGAAAACCAUUAAGGAGCAAUCAAGGAAGCCUAAGCAGAAAAGCAGGACUUGCAGAUCAAGAAGGUCGAAAUUGUCGCACUGUAAAUGAAAGAAAGCAGAGGAGGAGGAUGAAGAACAGAGAAUCUGCUGCGAGGUCAAGAGCUCGCAGGCAAAAAUACAUGAUGGAAUUGGAAGCGGAAGUUAACAAGUUGAAAGAUGAGAACCAAGAAUUUCAGAGGAAACAAGAACACCUGAUGGAAUUGGAAGCAGAAAUUAAAAGAUUGAAAGAUGAGAACCAAGAAGUUGGGAAGAAGAAACAGGAAUUCGCAAGGGAAUUAGAAGCAGAAAUCAAAAGGUUGAAAGAUGAGAACCAAGAAGCUCAGAGGAAGGAGGAGCAGGAAUAUAUGAUGGAAUUUAAAGCUGAAAUUAAAAGGUUGAAAGAUGAGAACAGAGAAGUUAUGAGGUCCAAGCAUGAAUACAUGAUGAAAUUGGAGGCAGAAAUCAGAAUGUUGAAAGAUGAGAACCGAGAAGUUCAGAGGUCAAAGCAAGAAUAUGUGACAGAAUUUGGAGCAGAAAUUAAAAGGUUAAGAGAUGAGAGCCAAGAAGUUCAGAGAGAAAACAAGAGGUUGAAAGAUGAGAAUCAAGAAGUUUGGAAGUCAAAGCAGGAAUAUAUGAUGGAAUUUGGGGCAGAAAUAAGAAGGUUGAAAGAUGAGAACCGAGAACAUACAAUAGAAUUGGAAUCAGAAAUCAUAAGGUUAAUAGAUGAGAAUCAAAAACUUCAAAAGAAGAAUCAAGAGAAUGAAUCUUCCUUUGUUAUUGUAAACAAGACAAGGCUUCCAAUGAAUCAUGUACAAGUCAAGCAGGAACCACUAGACUUUCCACCAGACCCAAUUUUCUUCUCUCUUGAAGAAGACUGGAAAAUAUCUGAUGAGCUCCUCAGAUUAUAGGUGUCAAAUAUUUGGAAUAAAAAAAGAAGAAGAAAUUGUUUUUAGAAUUGUCGUGUUAGAUCUUUUGGAAGGCUCUGUUAUGUCCUUUUAGUAUUUAUUCUUAUUUUACGUUUUUCUUUUUUGCAACAAUAAAUGUGAUUCUGGUGAAUUCCGUUUUAAUUAAUUCUCGAAUAAAAAAGAUAUAUUAGUGUCUUCCAAUCUUGCAAAUUUC